CAUGAGGAGAGAUUCUUGCUUCAGCUGCCACCAUUUUCAAAUCAUUAUAAUUACAAUUGCGUUAUGUUUACUGAGUCUAAGUGAACAGCAUCUAAGGUAUUUUACUAUUUUAUGAAACUGUUCCUUCACCUCAGCACAUCAUGCCUAUAGCAAUGUCAAAGAUCCGUUGAUCUCUCGCCAUGUGUUUACAUCUAAGGUAUUUCAAAUUCAGAAUUUUCAUUAAAAAUAAAUAAAAAAAGUCACCACAAAUAUGAAAGGAAAAGGCAUUUAGGUGAACUAUUGGGCUUCUUCUUCUCCAUUUUCAAUUUUCACGGGCUCCUAUGGCUUCUUCUUCUUCUUCUUCUUCUUCUCAAUUUUCAUCAAUCUCUUCUGAAAAAAAGCAUGAGAUUCAAGAAAAAUAUGAUGUGUUUCUCAGUUUCCGAGGUGAGGACACACGCAAUACAUUUGCUAGCUAUCUCUAUGCAGCUUUAUCAGCAAACCAAAUCUCCACUUUCAUGGAUGAUCAUGAACUUGAGAGAGGUGAUGAAAUCUCACCCACACUUCGCAAAGCGAUCGAGGAAUCCAAUAUCUGGGUUAUCAUUCUCUCCGAAAAUUAUGCUUCGUCUACAUGGUGUUUGGAUGAGCUGGUUCAUAUUCUUGAAUGCAAGAAAAAAAACAAGCAGAGUGUUGUUAUGCCCAUCUUUUACGGUGUAGAGCCAUCCACUGUAAGAAAACAAAAGGGGAGCUAUGGAGCUGCAUUUGCUCAACUCGAAGAUCGGUUCAGGGACAAUAUGGAGAAGGUGCAUCAAUGGAAGGCUGUUUUAACACAAGUAGCCGAUCUAUGCGGGCUGGAUUCCAAGGAAUUCAGGCCUGAGAAUAAAUUAAUUCAACAAAUUGUUGAAGAUGUUUCAAAGAAAUUGCCUAAAUAUCUUUCAUCAACUACGACUACGCAUAUUAAUGGACACCUCAUUGGAAUUGAAAAAAAGAUCAAGGAAAUUGAAUCAAAAUUAUGUAUUGGCUCAAAAGAUGUUCGUAUUAUAGGCAUAUGGGGCAUGGGAGGUAUUGGUAAGACCACCCUUGCUAGUGUUUUAUUUCAAAGAUUAUCAUAUUCGAAGUUUGAAGGUCAUUACUUUCUUUGGAAUGUUAGGGAAGAAUAUGCAAGAUAUGGACCGGAUUAUUUGAGAAAGAAACUUCUGUUGGGGUUAUUAAAUCAUGAAGCUAUUUUAAGGAUGGAUUCACCAUUUGUAGCAUCACCUUUUAUUCAUAACAAAUUACGCCGUAAAAAGGUCCUCAUGGUUUUAGAUGAUGUUGGUACUUCAGUCCAAUUAGAAGCAUUAGUUGAAGGGUAUGAUCAGCUUGCCCCUGGAAGUAGAAUCAUUAUUACAACUAGAAAUGUGCAAGUGCUUAAGAAAGUAACUGGAAAUAUUUACAAGGUUGAAGGAUUAAAUCAUAGCGAUUCCCUUGAGCUUUUCCAUUUGAAUACUUUUGGAAAAAAAACUUUUGCAAGAGAUCGUUAUGAAAUGCUAUCAAUAAGAGUGGCCAGUUAUGCAAAUGGAAAUCCAUUAGCUCUUAAGGUUUUGGGUUGUUUCCUUCACUCCAAAAGCAAAGAAGAAUGGGAAGCUGCAAUAAACAAACUACAAAAAGUUCCUAACCCUCAAAUUCAGGAUGUGCUGAGAAUAAGUUACGAGGGACUAGAUGAUAAAGAGACUCAGAAUCUAUUUCUUGACCUCGCAUGUUUGUUCAGUCGGCAUUUUACAAGAGAUCAUGUAGAAAGCAUAUUAGAUUUCGAUGAUUCAUUUGUGAAAACAGGAAUAAGAAUUCUCAUUCAUAAGUCUUUGAUUGAAAGUAGUGACAGUCCCUUAGACAAUGAGCUAAGGAUGCAUGAUUUGUUACGACAAAUGGGUCAGGCAAUUGUGCGUAACGAACAUAAAGAACCUGGUAAUUGUAGUAGGUUGUGGGAUGCCAAGGAUAUCUGCCAAAUACUGGAACGAAGUACGGGGACUGCAGCAGUUGAAGGAAUAUCACUUAACUUGUCUCAAAUUAAUAGAGAUGUAAAAGUGUGUCCUGCAGCCCUCUCAAAGAUGUACAAUCUACGAAUUCUCAAAAUUUAUUGUGACAAUAUUGGUGACAAUAACUUCAAACUAUUAAUUCCUCAGAGCCUUGAUUCUUAUGAUCUUUCUAAUCAGCUAAGAUAUUUUCAGUGGGAUUUGUACACUUUGAAAUCAUUGCCAUCAAAACUUUCUCCUGAGAAUCUUGUUGAAUUGGUAUUACGAGGCAGUCAUGUUAAGAAACUUUGGAAUAAUAAAAUUCAGUCUCUUCCGAUACUAAGGAGGAUCGAUCUUAGUUAUUCCAGGUUUCUUACUGAGCUACCAGAUCUGUCUCAAGCUCCAAAUCUUGAAAGCAUAAAUCUCGAAGGUUGUACAAAUUUGGUUCAAGUUCUUUCACCUCUUCAGAAUCUUCAGAAGCUUACUUAUCUGAAUUUGAGUGGCUGCUCCAACCUUAGAGAUUUUAAAGAGAUAUCAAGGAGUACAGGGUACAUGGAUCUUGUAAAGAGUGGAGACAUUAAGAACCUUCUAAGCAACAUUUGUCAGCUGAAGUUCACAUCUCUCAAAGGUUUUAUGCAAAGUUUUACAAACAAUUUAACUCUCUACUCAUCUCAAGCCCACGUUUCUCAUAAAUUUCCGAAAAAUUUAACUAAUUUACAUUUGCGUGGGACAAGUAUAGAAGAAGUACCCUCGUCAAUUUGGUGUCUCUCGGGUCUUGCUCAAUUAGAUUUGGGUGAUUGCCAAAGACUUAAAAGUCUUCCAACCAGCAUCUGUGAGUUGAAAUCUCUUGAAUCGAUAGAUUUAUCUGGUUGUUUAGGACUAGAAAAAUUUCCGGAAAUUUUAGAGCCUAUGGAGAACUUGAAAAAACUUUUCAUUAGCAGAGCAGGGCUGCUUAAAGGGUUACCAGAGACCAUUGAAAAUCUAAUUUCUCUCACAACAUUAUCUAUACAAUUGUGUGAGGGCAUUGAGAAUCUCCCAAACAAUCUGUGUAAUUUAAGGAAACUUCGGUUGAUGAACUUCGAUGGUUGUUCAAACCUGGAAAAACUGCCUCCCUUUCCACCUGCUUUGGAAGGCUUGGAUGUACAAUAUUGUAGGAGACUGAAAUCAUUACCAGAGCUUCCAUCAUCUUGUGUUAAUCUGGAUGCAAGCUACUGUACAUCAUUGGAUAAAAUAUCAAAUUGGAGGGCGCCAUUCCUAGGCCUACACCACUCAGAAAUGUCUACUUGGAAGAAAUCAUCACUAAGUAGUUGGUUUAGCUUUUAUGGUUGUCAAAAAUUGGAUCAUAAUACACGCAACAACAUAGCCAUUGAAUGUGCAGUAAUUAGAGUUCUGUCUGCUGCAGAUUUUAAAGAAGAUGAGGGCUACAUAUCUCUUAAGAUGUGUUAUCCAGGAGAUGAAAUUCCAAAGUGGUUCACCAAUCAAACUCCAGGAACUUCAAUGAAUAUUAUGCUUCCUCCAUACUGGAAUAAUGACAACUUCUUGGGUUUGGCUCUCUGCGUUGUUUUUGAUCGCAAGAAAUUUGAGCCUUUUUUAUAUGUUAACAUCGAAUGCAAACUCACUUUCAAAACCACCGAUGAUGAGCAUUCUCAUGAAUUUGAUGAUGGUUUGAGACAUAAUCACGGCAUCAUUAGUCCAGAUCACAUGUUCAUAUGGUCAGUAUCAAAAUCAUUUUUGCAAAAUUCGAAAUUGAUUGGACUAAGUUGGCCCUGUACUUGUAGCACUGAGGCAUCAAUUCAUUUCCAACGUACGUUCUUCGAUCUUGAAGAUUUUGGAGUUGACAACUGGGGAAGUGAACAUUGUGAGAUAAAGAAGUGUGGGAUAUGGUUGGUAUACAAGGAAGAUAUAGAGAGAUUUGAUGCAGAAACUAAAAGUAAGAGAAAGAGAAGCUUUGAUGAAUAUUGUGAAGCAAGUGGAAGCUGUGAAGUUGUUGACUCUCAUCAGGAUGAUGACGAUGAUCAAUCGCAUCAUAUGAUUAAUUCAAAGAAAUUCAAGUCGAUGUGACUGCUCAAAGAUGCAGAGCAUUUGGAUGUUAAGGAACCAAAAAAGAAAAGCAGAACAAUUUGGCUCUACAACUAAGAGAAACAUGCUUAUCGUUACUUUCAAAUAAUUUAACAAGCCAUAAGGUUAUGAAGAAUUCAUGUUUGAGUUAUCUAUGCAGACAUGACUAACAUCUAAUUAUCUUGAAAUAAAAGGCUAUGAAGAAUCCGUGUGUGAGCUAUGCAGACAACAUAAUGCUUAGCUUCAAAUGUGGUGUGGCAUCUUUGGAAAAGCUCUCGUCCUUUUGUCUUUUUUCUGAUCAUCUCAUGGGAAUGCUCUGUUGUAGUGAUGUAAGUAUGAAUUUCUUUAACCAGUGUGAACCUUUGUACAUAUAUUCGCAUAACAAAUUAAAUAAUAUACACAUCACGUUACCUAGGAAAUAUGAUUCUGAGUUGUUUAUGAUGAAUUUUAAGGGUAAAUACGCCUUUGCAUCCAGUGGAACAUUCUUAACUCUCUGAGUAAUUAUUAUGUGUAUUUGAAAGUCUGUCUAAUUUGUUACUAAUUGUACUCAAUAAGCAGCACUGGAAUUUUUUUACUGCAACCAUAUCUGUGACGCAUGUUUCUAAGUUACUGACCUGAUUUACUACAAGUUUUGCUUUGUUUCCUUUUAGUAGUACUGGCCUUCAACAAAGCUUUUUUGUACUUAAAGUGUAUGGUACUAUCAUUGUCUGCCAAAUACCUGAACUGCAAAAUAUUUGCUUUUCUAUUUAAGCUGUGUAUCUAUCUGUAGUCAGCAAUAUGUAUGAAACUCUCCAAGUGUUUUUUCUAUAUAAAGUCUGUUUGAGAGCAAGAUUGAUCAAAUAUAGAAAAAUGACACUUUAUUCCAUGUUUUCUUUCCUGUUCCUUCCUUGUCCUACAAGUAUCCAGUUCCCAUGGGGAAAAAAAAAAUGCCCAAGAUACAACAGGGCCUUAAUAAAAACCAACUUCAUUAGUGCAAGAACUACAGAGUGGCCUCAGAUCUUUCCAACCACCUAAAAUUGAAAAUACCAUAUAAGCACAAGCUAAUUACAUAUUAAUGGCCAUUCGUAGAUAAAACUUACUUAAAAGUAUAAUCAGUAGAAACAAAUAAUAUUUUUUAUUAUUUUACAGAGAAAUUGUACAUGAUUACUUGGGGAGAACUCUUUUCAUCUCUCUCUUUUAUUUAUUUAGUUUUUUCCAAAUCAAGACCAUGAGGUAAUUAACCAAACUUAAUUCAAUGUUAGGUAUUGUUAAUUGUUUCUUUUGUUAGCCAGCUUAUAUAGUUUAGUCCAAUUUUUAGGAGUUGAUGCGGUUGUGAUCAUAGAACUUUUUUUCCACAAACUUAGACCAAAGAAAGUACAUGAAAAUUUGGAGGAAACAACCGAGAAAUUUCCUGGUUUACCAAUAUGAGUUUCAGUUUCUUACUAGUUAUGUGGAAAAAAAAGAGUAACAAGAAAAAAAUGAAGCUAUAACCCUCAAACCACCCCAAAUUGAUAAUCCAAUGGUAGAUAAAAUAAUAGCUAGUCAACUUCAAAAAAAUUAAUUGCAUAUUAAUGAAUAUUUAUAUAUAGUUAGUUGUCUCUUUUGCUAUCCAUCUUUCAUAUAUAGUUUGGUCCAUUUUCAUAAAGAGUUUUUGAAAUUUUUAGUUUAAGGAUGACGUUAGUUAGGCAAUAAACCAAAAACUCUGGUGUGCUGUGCAACUAAUCUCACAUUUGGAAUCUUAUGGUCAAUCAACGAAAGUUAAAAAUCUUAUGAAAAAUGAUUAGAUGAGAGAAAAAUUAGUUCCGAGUUACCCUUUUUUUUUUUUUUUUUUUUGGCCUCUCUGUGCCAGCUUGUGGGGUCCUUAGUAGCUGGACAAGCACUUUUAUAUUCUUCACUAAGGGAGUUUUAAUUUGUAAACAUGGCUUCUUCUUCUUCUUCUCCUUCUUCACCUCCUCCUCCUCCUCCUCCUCUUUCUUUGCCAAUCUCUCUUCAACAAAAGCAUGAGAUUCAAGAAAACUAUGAUGUGUUUCUCAGUUUCAGAGGUGAAGACACACGCCAUAAAUUUGUUAGCCAUCUUUAUGCUGUUUUAUCUGCAAAGCAUAUCUCAACUUUCAUGGAUGAUCAUGAACUUCAGGUCGGUGAUGAAAUUCCACUCACACUUAGCCAAGCUAUCCAGAAUUCCAAAAUCGGGGUCAUCAUUUUCUCGAAAAAUUAUGCUUCAUCUACAUGGUGUCUGAAUGAACUGGUGGAAAUUCUUGAAUGCAAGAAAAGAAAUAAGCUGAGUGUCAUCAUUCCAAUCUUUUAUGAGAUAGAUCCAUCGGAUGUACGACAACAGAAGAGGAGUUAUGGAGUUGCAUUUGCUGAACUUGAAGAACGUUUUAAACACAGAGUGGAGAAGGUGCUUCAAUGGAGGGUUGCAUUGACAGAUGCGUCUAAUAUAACUGGAUUGAAUUCGACGAAAUCCAGGUAAAUGAUUUAUUAUUAGCAGUAAGUAGUGCAAAAUCGGUUCUGUCUGAUAAUAAGGCCCAAUAUAUGUAAAUAUAUAUAUAUAUAUAUAUUGAAAAUAAAAUGAAAAAUUUUUACUAAAUCAA